UUUUAUUAUUUUUGAAGACAGCUUGCACAUAUUCAGCUUGUAAAUAUUCAUAUCAUGAUCUUUCCCAAUUUUAAAUGCUUCCUAUUUAAUUAGCCUUACCUGCUAAUGACAUAUAAACCUAGCUCAAGUAGCUAAGUAGCUGACAAACAGGUCACAUUUUACUCAGGUGAAAAUAUCAAGAAUUUCUCUUUUUUUCCCAUCCCAGUCUGUUUUGUACAUCUAUCAUUUAAACUGUUUGCAUCUAUUGAGCUUUGGCUUAUAAUGUCAGACACAGAAAUAAAAUAGAUUACAUUUUUUAAACUUUACUAUCUGAUUUAACCACGUGCUAUCAAACAGAGACACGCAGAGGAAGCCAAUGGCAGAUCAGAAUGGCCACACUGAUCCCGCCCCUUCAGUGGACGUGAUGGCAGGUGUACCCUUCCCUGCAGCUCCUCCACCGAUCUACGUGUGCACUCUAACCCCGGAUCUGGAGGCCAAGGCACGAGAGGAGCUACAGGAGAAGCCCGAGUGGCGUCUUCGGGACGUCCAAGCGCUGCGAGACAUGAUCCUGAAGGAACAUUCCAGUCUGAGAACUCGGCUGGACGACGCCUUUCUCUUGCGCUUCCUCCGAGCCAGGAAGUUUGACUAUGACCGUGCGCUGCAGCUCCUCCUGAACUACCACAGCAGCAGGAGGGCCUGGCCUGAAGUCUUCCAGGACCUGAAGCCCUCAACGGUCAAGCACGUUCUUGAGCUAGGCUUCCUGACCGUCCUGCCCAGACCUGAUCCUCAAGGCCGCUACGUUCUCUGCUUACGGCCAGGGAAAUGGACACCGAAUGAUUAUCCGUUUGUGGACAACAUUCGAGCCAUUUAUCUGACACUGGAAAAGCUGAUUCAACCUGAGGAGACGCAGGUGAAUGGAAUAGUCAUCCUGGUGGAUUACACUGGGGUUGGCUUGUCUCAGGCCUCCAACCCAGGCCCUCUACUGGCAAAGAAAGUCGUUAGCAUUCUUCAGGAUGGAUUUCCAAUCAGAAUAAAGGCAGUCAAUAUCAUAAAUGAGCCUCGAAUCUUUAAAGGAAUAUUUGCAAUAAUAAAGCCUUUUUUGAAGGAGAAGAUGGCUGAAAGGUUUGUCUUGCACGGCUCAGACCUGUCGUCUCUGCAUCGUGUCAUCCCGCGCUCUGUGCUGCCGCAGGAAUACGGAGGCGUGGACGGUAGACUGGACAUGACAGCUUGGACUCGCACACUACUAGAGGCUGAGGAGGAGUUUGUUGUGGAGUUUUGCCAGCCGGAGCCUCUGGAGGGAGCGCUAAUGCCCGACUCGUUGUUGUUUGAGGGCGAGCAGCCUGAGGACUCUUACAGAAGCCUGCGCUCGCAGCUCUACUACUGCUACUGAGGUCUCGUCAGGCGGCCGGCACCUUCUGUUUCCUUAAAGAUGUUAUUUUUAACAAUUAGGGUCAAAGAUCGGGUUUUAUUUUUCUUAAAUCAUUAAGCUAAAAAUGGUGACGUCUGUGUGAAGUUCACAGAUUACAAAUAAAAGGUUGUUGAGAUGCAGCAUUAUUGUUUGUAGAGCAUUAAUAAAUUACAGUUUAUAGGAAACAUUUUUCUGAGACUGCUAGGGUCAGGAGGUCAGGGAUUUUUUUUUUUUUAAUAGCAUCAUUUUCGCUCAAGGUGAUGGUUCUGGACAUACUGUAUCAAGUUAAGGUGGUUUUGAAUAUUUUAAAAGAAUCUGAUUUUAUGGCACAAGAACAAAAUCCAAAUGCCGAUAGACGUCCAUUGCUAUUGCUUUGUGCUUACUUGUGCAAAUGUUACACACAACCAUGCAAACGCCUUGUUUUAACACUAACGUUACAAUGCGACAAAGUAUUGCCUUAAUCUAAAGAGGAAAAAAUCGAUGUAAGGACCAUGUGAUUUAAAUCCAAAGCAAUAUGUGCAUUCAUGUUUUGUUACCUCAAUUUUGCACUAUGCUUUUUUUUUUCUUUAUUUAUCAUGUUCAUGCCUUUAUUUUUCAGAUGAUGUUUACAUAUGGUGUAUUAUGUCAGUGUGGUCAGUGUGUACUCUAACUGCGCAGAAAGUUUUCUCAUAUGUUGACGUAAAGCUGCAGUUAAGGUUUACAGUGCAUUUCUGUUCACUGUGUUGCUGCUUUAGCCAUUCUGUUGUUACACUUUUUAUUUUAUUGCAAGGAACUUUUAUUAAUAUAAUAUUUUUUUCCAAAUGUCUAAAUUCUGGGUGUUGUGGCUUGCACAGCAUUGUAAGGUUGUCAAUAUUAUGUUAAUAUUCCAGAUUCCAGUAGGUGAAAUAAAUCAUUAUCUUAUUUGCGA